AUGGGCAGUCUCGCUGAGCAAUCACACAACACCCAGCGGUUCUGCGAGGAUUCGCCUGAAAAAGUUCCUGGUAGCUCUCGACGGAUAUAUAUCAGUAACUCCAACGGUGUUAGUAUACUAGCACUUUUGAGAACAGCACCUGCAUCACACGUGUCCGGGUUUCGCAAGCUCUUCGCAGGUUAUCGUGAUCCAAACCCAAUUGCCGAUUUAUCGUUGAGUGACGCUGACUGGUGGGGUGCUGCAAACUUUGUCAUCUCCUUCAAUCUUCCUUUCUUUGCCAUUGGUACACAAGAUAACCAAGACAGUCGUACAUUGUCUGAGAAUCAGUAUCUUAGGGGCCAGUACGAUCUAGAUUAUCUGUAUCUCAGAGACGAGACAGCCACUGCAGAUCAGCAAAUCAACACCUCCUUUCACGAGAGGGCUGUUCUACAUGAAGCUGUCUAUUCACAUGUGAUUACAGGCCGGAGCGAGCACUAUUGGACAGCGGUUUGCCUGGACGGCGUCUUUUUCGAGGAAGAACCGAGACGCGCAGAAGAGGAAAUAGUUGAGGCAUCAGAAGACCCUGUCAUCAUUCAAGUAGAGCUUAAGGCCACAGGGACAACUCGUUCACCUCGAGCAUAUGCACUAGCAUACCUUGAAAAGGAACUUGAGAAGAUAGUCGAGUACCACGGAAAUGUCCAAGACUGGUUCAGCAAGAGUCUUGAUCGCUACGUAGAAUGUUGUCACUUGGGAAAAUGCGAAUGUCAUUUGUGUUCUUUUUCAACUAACAUCUCAGAUUUGCUGGGCAGGGUCAUUUACUUCAACUCUAAUAGCGCGAGCAAGGUGAAUGACUUCCUUGCGAGACAUAUCAUACUUGGACAGAAGGAACUACUUCAGGGACCAUUAUGGCAAGUCCUGCAGGGCGAUUAUGGUGCUUUGGGGUCUUUACGAGGCAUCAAAAGCUCUUUUAGCCAGCUCAGCGACAUCGAUGGCCAUCUGAUGAUACUGAAAGAGAAAGAGAAAGUCUUUAGGCGCGAGAGGGAAAAUCACCAUGCGAAAGAACGGCAGAAACGAGACAAGAGGAUGCAACAGAUCACCAUUGUGGCAUUUGUCCUAGCUAUCUUGAACUUGUUUGCACAAGUUUAUGCUGGUAAACCAGACAGACAAGACUCCUCCUCAACACCGGGCUACCUUACUCUGGUAAUUAUCUUCAUCGGGAUCCUGUGGUUUCUCUGCCCGUACGUGCCUUGCUACAGCAAGAAGCUAUGGGAGCUCUUUGCAUCAAAACUACAAGAUGCUCGGAGUUCUGCCAGUAGCCUACCAUGA